GUCGGUAGAUGCAGCUUGUUGCUGUGGUUGUGUCGAGCCGAUGCAGAGCUGUCAUAUUAGCUUAGCAAGCUAACGUAUUAGCCUCUUUUUUGUCAUGUCAAGAACAAUCGGUACCGACACAACAUCGGGCUGUUAACGAAAUAAUUUCUUCACAUAUCCGCCUCUGGAGAAGGUCAAGAGGAUAGAAACCUGAGAGGCGACCACAAGAGGGAGAUGAAAUGACAACGUCAACAUUACAGAAAGCGAUUGAUCUUGUGACCAAAGCCACAGAGGAAGACAAGGCGAAGAAUUAUGAGGAGGCCUUGCGACUGUACCAGCAUGCUGUGGAAUAUUUCCUGCAUGCCAUCAAAUAUGAGGCCCACAGCGACAAGGCAAAGGAGAGCAUACGAGCAAAGUGUAUGCAGUACCUGGACCGAGCGGAGAAACUCAAAGACUAUCUGAAGAAUAAAGACAAACAGGGCAAGAAGCCCGUCAAGGAAGCACAGAGCAAUGACAAGAGUGAUAGUGACAGCGAGGGGGAGAAUCCAGAGAAGAAGAAGCUGCAAGAGCAACUAAUGGGGGCCAUCGUCAUGGAGAAGCCCAACGUCAGAUGGAGCGACGUGGCCGGACUGGAGGGAGCCAAGGAGGCUCUGAAGGAAGCUGUCAUCCUGCCCAUCAAGUUCCCUCACCUCUUCACAGGCAAGCGGACCCCGUGGAGAGGCAUCCUGUUGUUCGGCCCCCCAGGCACAGGGAAGUCGUACCUGGCUAAGGCCGUGGCCACAGAGGCCAACAACUCCACCUUCUUCUCCGUCUCCUCGUCAGACCUCAUGUCCAAGUGGCUGGGAGAGAGUGAGAAGCUGGUGAAGAACUUGUUUGACCUGGCCCGGCAGCACAAGCCUUCCAUCAUCUUCAUCGAUGAGGUGGACUCGCUGUGCGGCUCCAGGAACGAAAACGAGAGCGAGGCCGCCCGCCGCAUCAAGACGGAGUUCCUGGUCCAGAUGCAGGGUGUGGGGAACAACAACGAUGGGAUCCUGGUGUUAGGGGCAACCAACAUCCCCUGGGUGCUGGACGCCGCCAUCCGCAGAAGGUUUGAGAAGCGUAUCUACAUCCCUCUGCCGGAGGAGCCCGCUCGCGCUCAGAUGUUCCGUCUCCAUCUGGGGAACACGCCUCACAGCCUGAGCGAACCCGACCUGCGGCAGCUUGCCCACAAAACAGACGGCUACUCUGGCGCUGACAUCAGCAUCAUCGUGCGGGACGCUCUCAUGCAGCCCGUGAGGAAGGUCCAGUCUGCCACCCACUUCAAAAAGGUUCGAGGACCUUCCCGGAGCAACAACCAGCUGACAGUGGACGACCUCUUGACCCCUUGUUCCCCUGGCGACCCUGCAGCCAUAGAGAUGACCUGGAUGGAUGUGCCUAGUGAUAAACUGCUGGAGCCCAUAGUCUGCAUGUCGGACAUGCUGCGCUCCCUGGCCACCACCCGGCCCACAGUCAACACUGAAGACCUGCUGAAGGUCAAGAAGUUCACAGAGGACUUUGGGAUGGAGGGCUGAGAGACAACGCUCCACCAGAAGGGUCAAACUGCUCCCAACAACCCUCAUCACCCGUCUGCUGUUCCGUCCCACAAGCUUCAUCCCAGCGCUCGGUUCAACUCCUCAUGGAUUUUCAAAAUAAGAGACUGGAAUAAAAGAAACAGCAAGAGAACUGUUUCUUCCUGUUGGUCCUCCGGGCCAGAGGGUUGGAAUCCUUGGAGGAAGUUGAAAGAAUGCUACAUUAUUUACCAUGCUGUGAUUUUGCUAGUUGGACUAUAGAGCUCUCCUCACCCCCCACCCCUCCCAUUUCAGAUUGUUCCAUUACAAAGCUUCCCUCCACUAUAGCGUGAGGGGAGGUGCAUCAGAUCUGACUGAAGGACUGUCCUCUGCCUGUGUGCACUUUGCUUUGGGUUUUAAUGAAGGACUGACAUUUGAAGAUGGUUCUCCUGCCAGGUGUGUGUGAAUGCAUCCAAUUGUUUUUAUGAAACUCGUUUGUCUUAAAGGAAUAGUCCGGCGAAAAUUGACCCCAGGGUCUUUUUCUGCAUGAAAACUGAUCAAGUAAGACCUCCAGAGAGUUUUUAUACUUCAUUUGAAAAAUGUUUUGCCUGUAACUUACAUGCAACUCCGUUCAUUUCCGUGUCAACUCACUAGAUAUGAAUUUCCAUGGAAUUAUACAUUCCUCCUUGAACUGAACACCGGUGCAUUCGAUAAUCCACUUGGUGGACUUUCCUAGGAGAGGAGCUGGUAUGGGGGGCAGUUUGUGAGUCUUGUAAAACAGUUCCUUUUAAUAAACUUCGGGUUUGCAAACUACGUUGUUGGUGCCCUACCCUAGUCAUGCUACUGCAGAGGUUUGGUGCUAUUUCGAGCAAUGUUAGUGGUUAAAAAAUGCCGUUUGGGAAGCGUUCUGCGCACUGCCCCGAUCGAAUGCACUGUAAGCCAUUUUGGCUAUUAGCGUUGCUCCGGGCAAGCUCAAUACUGGUGGAUGAAUGAAAAAAACUCUGGAGGGCUUACUUGAUCAGUUUUCAUGCAGAAAAAGACCCUGGGGUCAAUUUUCGCCGGGCUAUCCCUUUAAUGUAUAUGUCUAUUUGUUGGGAUUUUGUUAUUUGAAGUGAAUGAAUCCUCACUGCCUCAGUGUCCCUCUGCAGCUGUCUGCAGGCGCUCAUACUUAAUAUUUACUACAAUAGAGAUGUGCUUGACUGAGAGCCAAACACUACAUUUCCUCGAUCCAACAACUUGAAAGAUGUUUUUAAUAGUUGCUCUUCAGGAAAUAAUCUCACAACAAAGUUGACUUUGGUUGUAUCACAUGUUCUUCCUCAGCAGAUCAUUUGUUUUUCUGGUAUUGUUAAAGUUCUAAUGUGUGUUGCUCUGACAUUAUGUUCAUACUUGAACUUGGUAAACUACAUUUCGCAGAACUUACAGCUUUCAAAUAUAUCCCAUGAGCUGCUGAUGAAGAUCAUGUGAUGGAAAGCUCUCAAAAUCCAUUGUCAAAGGUCAAGAUUGAAGUUUGAACCUCAGCUUUUCUACAGUACAUACUAAAGAGAAUCAACCAAGCACAUCUCUUUACAUUCUGAGUUAGUUUCCCCUAAAUGAUUCAACAGAACACUGUUUAUACCACUUGACUGACUAUAAUAAGGGUACUGUAUGUUUACACUUGAAUUAUUUAUUUAAUUCAUGUUUUAUGAAGGAUUUCUGUUCCUUUGGGAGGUAAAUAUACCUCAGACAUCACCAUAUUGUUCAUUACCGGGCUUUCCCUCUCAAGCUUAACUACUAUUUGUCCUGUUGUCAGCUUUCAGACAAUAAAGAAAGCUAACCGUGAAGCAGGACCACAGUCAGACCGUCUGAAGUAUUUUGAACCUACCGUCCGAUGUCUGCAGACUCAGAGACGGGACUUCCUGUUUGAGUGUGAGGUCGGGUAUUACCGUCCCUGUGAGGGAACUAACCCGCCGCUGACCAUUACUACUGAUUUAUCCUGCAUUAAAUAAAAUGGACACUACAAAGGUAAA